GGGGCUGUCCAAUGAGAAGCGAGGGAACGGCGAACCCUCACGGAACGGCUUCUCCUCAGGCCGUCUCCUCAGAGAAUCGCUCGCCUCAGGUAAAAACCAACGGAGGUGGCAACGAUGAGGAUGGCGGCGCUGGCGAGCGCGGCGGAGCGCGCGGUCCUGGAAGAAGAGUUCAAGUGGCUUUUACGAGAGGAGGUCCAUGCUGUCCUUCGGCAGCUACAAGAUAUUCUGAAGGAAGCUUCCCACAGGUUUACUUUGCCCGUGAGUGGCUCAGAGGGACCCAUCAAGCAGGAGAACUUUAUCCUGGGCAGCGCAAAUGCUGACCAGGUGAAGGGAGUGUUGACGCUUCAGGGAGAUGCCCUGUGUCAAGCUGAUAUUAACUUGAAAAUGCCCAGGAAUACCCAGCUUGUGCACUUUGCUUUCCGGGAUGACAAGCAGUGGAAGCUGCAGCAGAUCCAAGAUGCAAGGAAUCAUGUGAACCAAGCCAUCUACCUGCUUACCAACAGAGGUGCCAAUUACCAGUUCAGGACUGGAUGCGAGGUCCUCAAGUUGAUGGAUGCAGUAAUGUUGCAGCUAACAAGAGCUCGGAAUCGCCUCACCACUCCGGCUACUUUGACCCUACCGGAAAUCGCCUCCAGCGGCCUUACGAAAAUGUUCACUCCUGCUUUGCCUCCAGACAUCCUGGUGAACUUCUACAUUAACCUAAACAAGCUCUGCUUGACUGUUUAUCAGCUGCACGCCCUGCAACCCAGCUCCACAAAGAACUUCAGACCGGCUGGUGGGUCCAUCUUGCACAACCCAGGGGCCAUGUUCGAGUACAGCAACCAAAGAUACGAAGUCAGUCACGUCCAUAAGGUGGAGAGUGUGGUGCCCUGGUUGAACGAUGCCCUGGUUUUCUUCACGGUGUCUCUGCAGCUCUGCCAGCAACUAAAAGAUAAGAUUGCUGUGUUCUCUGGCUACUGGAACUACAAGCUGUACUGAUAACCCCACAAAGGGUGGCCCCCCUUCCUUUUGAAGUUUCAGCCCCUUCCUUCCCGGGGAGAAAAACCCUGGUAUAAGCGGUGCAUAGCAAGAGUUGUCAGAUUCCAACUCUCCACGGUGGCUUCCUGGGCUCAACGUCUUUGUGGGUGGAGUGUCGCCAUUUAUUAGCACUUUAGAAUCACACCUGUUGUUUCCACACAUGCCAAGACUGGGGACAAAGAAGCGCCAAUAAGGGCCUGUCUUGCCCCACUCCUCUAGAGGAAAGGUGUGAGGUAGAGCAAUAUGGGGAAGAGCCCAGAAGGGGGCGUGACCUCCCAGAAGGGCCAGCUGGGCUGAGUGACACGCACAAGAGCCAUUCGUUGUCGUAGAUUUUGGGGCCACUCUCCCUUGCAGCCCUGUCCCCUGACACAAAUGUGUGCAUUUCUCCCAUGCUUCCUGCAUGACCUAGCACUAGAGGGACAGGGCCCUGUUUCUUCCCAUGGUAGCCUGGAGCCUGCUUUGAGCAAGCAGGGGUUGUCUACCUUUGGUCUGGUCUUCCACGAAGCUGUCUUUUCUGUCUCACCACCAAUGCAAUGCCCACGUGACCCUCACCUGGACCAGUGUCGUGCAGGUGGCAGGGUGGUUUGUUUGCUGCUAGACCUCUCUAGAGUGAUUCCUGGAACUAGUCGGUUGCUGUGAAAUAAAGGUCCCUGAACACUC